AACGCGCAGUGCGCGCGCGGAGCGGAGCGGAGCGGAGCGCAGCGGAGCGGACGAGAUGCAACAAAAGGCACGUUGGGGCCACGUUGGGUCGGGCUUUGGAAUGGAACUGGAAACGAAAGGCCCGUAGAGGCAAAGGCGGGGAGUGCUUGGAUGCCAGCCGCAUGGUAUACGUGUGUGUCGAUGCAAGCGAGGUGACGGUACACGCUGGAGGAGUCGGUCAGUCAGUCACUCAGUCGCACUCGCACUCGCAGUCGGCGAGUCGCUCUCGGCUGCGCGGCGCGAUCGCGUGGGCGUCUUGCUUCUCCUCUUCCUUCCUUUUUACUCUUUUUUUUUUUUCUUUUAUCUUCUUAUCCCAUAUUCUGUGCGGUGUUUCAACUUGGUAACAAGAGAACCUAACUCGAAGGAAGGACUCGUCUCUCACCGGACUUUCAGCGGAAUUAUUUUGCCAUCCGAGCGGAAUGCGCCAUGCUGGGUGACCGUUGGGAAAAAAAGUGAUGAUGUAACGGGGCUUUCGCUGUCGCUGUCGCGGUGAGGCAACAAUGUCCACACAAUGCAAUCGCUUUGUGCAAAACGCCUGGAAGAAGGAGCUCUGCUCGAACUGUUUCAAACCGAAGGAGGAACAUGCGCCGGCUGACGAUAUCUUGCGAUUGAAUGUCGAGAAGGCUUCCACGAAUUUGAAGAUUGAUCAUCUUCAGUUGCAGAGUAUUCUUCGUGACAAAACGGUUUGUCGGAAAGAUCAACGAAAAAAGAACGUCGGUUUCCCCGAGUCUCUCACCGAGGUAAUCGGUUAUGGCGGCGAUGACUUCUCUGACGGUGAGGAGGAUAGGGAUGGGAUCCAGAUCGACUCCUCUGCGAAAUCGGAGGACCUGGUGCCGGACAGCGAGGAGGAACGAGCGUUAUUCGACUUGACCCGCGCGAACACGAACUUCAAUACGGUCACCGCAAAUUUGACGAAUGUCGAGACCAACAGUUCGCACGACGUGUCCAAGUCAACGACGGCGUCGCCUGCCAAAUCUUUCGCCUCACUGAUGCUGGGUAAGAUACAGAGAGACGCCGAUGGCAGGAAAACGACUCUCUUGGUCUCUGUAACGCCUUUUGGUGGAGAAGAGGCCGUACCCACCGCCAAAAGACCGACCGAUCGAAAGAUCAACACGAUCAACUUACAAACCAGUCCGUUUGUUAGAUUAAAACCCGGCGACGAUGGAUCGUCGGAUAACACUGCCGAAGCCGCAAAGAAACUCAGUGGUCCAGAGCGGAAUAAGAUCGAAGAGCAAGAACAAAAAUCUUCCUCAGAAUUAGGAAAAAUUGUAGACAUGCCGUUGAUCACCUCUGCCAAUAUGAUUUCCAUUAUGCGAAGGGAGACUACGGCGGAUACUGCCAAUAUGGAUGCGGUGAAGAUGGAAACAACGGCGCAGAAAUACUUGUCCGUCUCUAAAGUCGACAAGAAUAACGCCACAAGUGUCCCCCUUAACACCGUUUCAGCAACAAAGAAGACUGAAAUCGAGACUUCGUCAGGAAUGUCUACGCAAUCUGUGCUGAGUAAUGACGUGGGAGAGAGCGUAAAGAGGACGAUGACAAGUAAAAGCGAUUGUGCGAAACAAGACCAAGGAAAAGAAGAGAGGAUCGAGCUCGUUCCGUUGACGCCUUCGAAGAACGAGGAGACACCGGAGAGUGAUCGAUCGAUGAAUGUCGACAAGAAUGUCAACGGUGUCGACAAUGGUAAGGAAGCUCCGUCGUCGCAGAUACGCGAGGUCGAAGGAGAGUGCGAGGGCGCGGAACGGAAAAAAUUCUGUUUCGACAGCAGUCGCGAGCUCGCGGGCGAACCGGAUGGCAAAGCGGAUGAGGAAGAAGUGACGGAACCACCAGCGUUGCCCACGAGUCCACCGCCGAUCAUAACCACAGAACCGAGGCCCUCUUUCUUGCACGGUAGCGUCAAUACGGACUUGAAGACAAAGCCCGCCGUACCGCAGAAACCAGCGACCUUUUCCGCGAAGGCGAGCCUAAACGAUGGUCCAUUCGCAGUGAGGAAAAUACCCAACGGCGAUUACGUGUUACCGCCUCCUUCAGUUCAAACUGUCGCCAGUAGGUCCGCUCAAAGUCUAGGUAUGCAGGAUAUGAGCUCUCGAUGCUUAACGAAGAAGAACGUUACGAACGAGAUUUUAUCGGAACCCGAUCAAGUCCCACCAACCAUUACAGCUCAAAUCUCAGAAUCUGGAUAUCUAGCAAGAACUCCGUUGAAAUCCUCUCUCUCGCCGUUGUUUACUUCCGUAACCACACCGCCAGUUUUGAGAAAUUAUCCGAUGAGUAACGAAGAAAUGGAAGAGAAUGUUAUGCUAGACGAGGAAUUUCCGGAAAUUACUCCGGUUUCUGUCUCCACAAUGGAGCUCAUACGUUCGCCGAACAAGAGAAGGAUCGCUCCGCGACCGCCGGAAUCCAUGGAGGAUCUCAUGCCAGUCUCCUCUCUAUUUGCCAGGAAUCCGGGAGCGAAUCUGAAGUCUGAUUCCCCAGUCGUUCGCGAAAAAGAGAAGCGAGAAAGAUCGUCCUCUUGCAGUCCGAAGUUUCGCAAAGCGGUCUGCGAUCUACCGGACCCGACAAAUGAAAAUGCCAAGCAGCCGAUCGAGAGAGAGUCCGUGCCUAGGAGAACGAUAUCUCUGUCACAAGACAGCUUAACGACGGAGAAGGAUGUACGGGAGGAAAAGAAGAGAGGUAGAAACCGAAAAGGUUUCUCUCUCAAGAGGUUCUUGAGAAUGGGCACGAGGAAAGACAUGGAUGUGAUUACCGGGCAAACGUCGGGUGCGAGGACCGACGAAAUACCGUCGACGCCGCAACCGAAACCGCGAUUAGAAAUAAUCCAUCCGUUGGAGUUGGACGGUGCCGCGGUUGAGGUAGUGGGAAAUGAUAGGAUCAUUGCCAGGAUGAAUGAGGACCAAACGGAUUCCUGCGGUGCUAAAAACGAUGGCUCGAGAAUGGCGCGAUUGCCUCCAUCGAUCGCGGCGAGACCUGGCAAACCACCCCCGCCGCCAAGGAAUCAAUCCCUCGAGGAUUGGUCGAGAUUGGAUUUGGUGGAUAAACCAGUCAGACCGCCGCCACCUCGUGCAGAGAUCAAAUUGAACGUCGCUUCCAGAAACGACAAGACGUCGAAAGCCACUUGGAGGCCGUCGACGACCUCGGAUUCAAUUUACGCGAAUCUGGCAGCGGAGGAUGUUACAGGUGAGGUACGCAGUGCCCUGACACCCUCGAAACCCCAAAGAACUGCCAGCAUGAGAGAUCGAGCAAUUUCCCAACCCGUCACGAAAAGGUCACUGGGUACGUCGGCUGAAGAUCAGCACCGGGAUUACGAUAGGCUCGCCACUGCACGACCCACUUCCGAGUCGCCGACAUCCAACGACAGUCAUAUGUACGAGUGCCUCUCGAGUUCGCCCGAGUGCGAUUCGAAUCUUGAGCUGCGGCACGGAAGCGGAAACGGAUUCCGCGCCGCAUGUAAAAGGAAGUCCGACAGCAGUGCAAUAAUCGGGGAGUCAAAGGCUCAUCAUCAACUCUCGUUCGUGAGGUCGAUCUCGUUGCCGUAUUGCGGCAGCGAGACGGAGAGCGAACUUUACGCGCCGUAUACCUUCUACACUGGUGACGAGGGCGCCGAGGAGGAUCAAGAUUGGAAGAACGCGGAUGACGAGCUGAGGAUGGGCCGCUUGAGGCAACGCCGGGGGCGCACUAUCGUUCAUCGAAGCCUCGAGGAUAAUUAUGGCGCGGUAGUUGUGGCGAAUCACGAAGCGCUCGCCCAAUUUCUUGAACAGGAAAAUCAAACUGUCCAGUUUCCCCCAAAUCUGCGUGCCCUCAAAAAUGCGAAUCCCCGAUUGAAGCAUUUUAACGUCGAUACUUUGUCAUCGGUCUCCAUCGGUAGAAGAAUAUUUUGUCCUGCUACGUGGAAUGAUCAAAAUGUCACUCUUUGCAUAGCGUUUGAUUUAGUUAUGCCUAUGCCACAAAAGGAUUUUUAUUUAACGCCUAUAAUAGAAUUUGUAGAUAAGGUGCCGAAAGAGAUAAUUGAAAAGAUUCAACCUUCUAGGAACGAGGAUGUCGAAGCUACAAUUUCAAUUCUUCCAUGCCUGAAUGUCAUUACCAUACAAUCAUUUGGAGCGAUGUCGAAGGACAUAAACGGUGAGGGCGCGAGCAGAGAAACGUCGUUCGUCUUUCUUCAACUGGUCAACGCUCUGAAGAGUCUUCAAGCACGCGGAAUCGAGGAUGCCAGCAAAUCUCUAAGCGACGUUGUACUUUGCAGAGAGGAUGUUUAUUAUCGACUGUACCUCCUACAAGGGAGGUUAAACAUAGACCCGAGCGACGAGUCUAGCGAGGAACGGGUCUCUUUGUGCGAAUGCGCUCUAAUAGCACUGCAACAGUUGCAUCUGACGGACGAACUACCUCUCAUACAAGAUUUACUGAUACGUGAGAAAGCGGUUACCCUCUCGCAGGUGAAAUCCGUGUUGGAAUUCUCAUUGUGGGGCCCGGCCGAUGUGCCACUUGGUGGUCCACGGGAAAGAGAAGUGGCGCUUCAGAGAUGGCUCGAUCUCGAACGAGCGAACGUACUUCACGCUCUCAUCAAGACGAAGGCAGCGUUGACCGUUAUAGAUGAAUAUCAAUUAUUAUUCUUGGUACGAACUACUGCUAAAAUUAUGAGCGAGGCAUCCAUGCUUCUUGAUGAGCAGCGUAAGCGCUUGGCGCAAAGAUGCUGAUAUGUUCUGCAUCGUACAUGACGUAUUUUGUGCAAAUACUAAGUAUUUGGCGAGAAAAACUAAUAUUUAUCCAUAAGAAAAAAGUUAUCCAAAUGCAAAGAUAAUUUGUAACCAGUGUGCAAUAUAAUACAGCUUUUCCUUCA